AAGCAUACAACCGCGCGCCUACACGGCGUAUGAGCAAUUAAUUAAGUGCAGCGCCUGGAGUGAAUGCUGAACAACAAGCAUAACAACAACAACAGCAGCAAAAAGAUGGUGGACUUGAAUACUUGUCCGCCUACGCCGCCGGGUGGUGAACGCUCGAAAAUCAAAAGCUUUAUGGGCCGCACUCCCGGCAUUGGUAUAUUGAAGUCGAAAUUUCUAACGGUGCUGGGGAAUAGCAAUGAGCUGCUCAACGGUAUUUCGAAUAAGCUUACGCUUAGCAUUAGCUCCAGCGAAUCGGAGUAUUGCGAUGAUGACGAGGAGGUUCCUACAUUUGACGAGACCAUUGACUAUACGAAAAUAGAUUAUGAGUUUCGACGCAUUAAGGCGCGACGGGCACAUGAAGAGAUCAUAUCAGGAAGAUUUCGAUAUCCCAACUUGGCACCUAGACCUCGCUUGGAGGCUUCCCGCACCAGAGCACGUGACAAAAACAAGCGUUCCGAUUCGAGUUCCUCAACUUCCAGCUCUACAUCGUCUUCAUACUCACCGCCUAUCAAUCGUUCGCAUGUUAGCAGCACUACACGCUCGAAUUCUAUCGAGUCCCGUCAUUCGGGUGGUUAUGGGCGACCCGGACGCGCCAUACCCGGCGCAAGACGUAGUGAACUCGACAUACAAAGAGAUUUAUCACGCAUUACCGAUUUGUUGAGCGUAAAUGCCAGUGCACCGCAUAUCGAUGUGCAACCGCCUUCUGAUCGUGAAUGCGGCAAUUCCACUGAACAGCGCAACAAUCCCACGCAUCUGCAUAUGGAUAUACCAGCUAUGACACAAUCGGGCACCAGUAUGGCGGUGCCGCCACGCAGUCGCAACUCGAAUAGCAGCACUGUGACCAGUUUGCGUGACGAUCCCGAUGUACAAGCGAGUCCAAGCAUUGAAUCGACCGAUUGGCGUAAUUUUAUACGAUCGGAGUCUCAAAAUUCUGUACCGUCAUGGGCAUCAUCCAUCAGUUUAGACUGCCGCGUUGGCGAGGAACCGAUCAAGGAGUUUAUGAAACGUUUCAUAGAGGUGCUUUUCACGAAUGCCUCGGCGAUUGGUUUGGAAUUGAAGGCGGAGUUUGGCGCAUUGGCGCGUAUCGAUGCGGGACGACAGUGGUUUACACGUUUCUUGCUCGAGCAGAAAGCCAAAUCGAAGCGUGUAGAUGAGGUGACCUUCCAUUCGUUGGUACAGUAUUUCGCCAUCGUCUUAUUUGAGUGCGGUGAGAGUGAAGACUAUGCGCCGGCAGCGUUAAUCAUGAAUAUUUGCUUUAUGUUCUACAAUGAAAUUGAAGUUCCUGGCUGUGAACCGUAUCGCCAGUAUCUCUACAUUUUUAUGCGUCAGCAACCGAUAUGGUAUAGUCAACGUUUUUGGGGCGCGGCAUUCUUCGAAGCUGUGCAAAGUGAACGUGACCAUCGUUUGGCGAUGCGUAAGCGGCGCGCUGAAAGGAAGCAGCGCAACAAAGCGCAGUUCACAACAAAGAUAGCGGUUGAGUCGAAUAUGCAUGAGAAUUCUCCAGCUGAGGCAACGAAUGAGAACGCGUUGUUAACGGAUGCACCGGUUGAUGGGGAAAUCGCUUCCACGUCCAGUUCCUCACAUCAUGGUAAUAUUGUGGCCUUAAAGGUGCAGUCGACGAAGAAAUCCGCUUCACAGACCAGUGCCGAAGACACGUCCGCAGUUGGUGGUGCUGGUGCUUCGGCGGAGUCGACAGCUUUGGUGGGUGCGUCGAGCACUGCAGCAGCCGCUGAUAAGCAGCACGCACAUCUCGAUCCGCAUUCCAUCGAGAAUAUUGUGUUUCGACAACUGGGGGCCUUCACAUGUAAUAUGCACUCAUUGGGCCUACCUCAAGAUAUGUGCCUAGAAUUUUUGAAGAAACAAUCGGCAACGGCAAGCCAUACUUUAUCAAAGGAGAAAACCAAACUCAUCAAAGAUAACAUAUUGCGCAUGUACCAUGAAACCGAUUCAUGGGGCGCGAAAGAGUCCUGAGUGGUUUUUACCGCUAACCAAAAUAUGUAAACUCCAACUUUCCAGUAGUUAGUUAAAUUCUAUUAAAAUAAUAUUCAUUAUAUUUAUAACGGACAUAUUAGUAAAAGAAAGCGUUAAAAUUAAUAUAUACUGUGAACAUAAAACAUAAUUAAGUUAUAUGCACGCAUUAGGGGUGUCCUUAUUUGUAAAAAUUUCAUACUUGAACAUAAAAAAUUUCAUUUUCGAAAAUUUUUAUUCUAAUUGGUCUAAGGAAAAAUGCAAUAAUUAGGAAAUAUGUUCAUUAGGGGUGUCCCGAUGAUUAUAAAUUUCAUAUUUGAGCAUAAAUAAUUACAUUUUCUAAAAUUUUUAUUCUAAUUAGUCUAAGGAAAAAUGCAACAGUAAUGAUAUUUGUAUAUUAGAGGUGUCCUUAUUUGUUUCACACUUGAACAUAAAAAAUGGCAUUUUCGAAAAUUUGUAUUCUAAUUGGUCUAAGGAAAAAUGCAACAGUAAUGAUAUUUGUAUAUUAGGGGUGUCCUAAUUUGUAUAAAUUUCAUAUAUGAGCAUAAAU